GCGUCCUGAUAUUUUGUAUUUGUGGAUUGUUUCCUACUCGGACUCAAAUAAGCGCAACAUCCGCGGUCUCCUAGCAACCAACGACAUCCGGAUAGAAUGGCCAAAUUUGUUCUUGCGGGCAAAACAGACUGCCCACAUUAUGCCAAAGCAGAACUAUUAGCUGACCGUCUGCAGCAAUCUCUGCCAAACUUCAGGAUCCACAAGAUAUCCAUCCUCCCAGACAAAUGGAAGGAAUGGCUGGAGGCCACAUGCAGAAGAAAUGGCUGGAAACACGAGCAGUCCCCUUUGGUUUGGAGGGAACUGGUGGCCCGAGGAGGGAAAGGGGUGCUCUUGGGCGGCUUCAGUGAGUUCCUAGAGCACUGUCAGGACUAUUACAACAUCACAUCAGACAUGCCUACAGAUAUAAUGCUGAGUGUUGCAGCAGAGAAUCUGGAAACCGAGAUGAAUCUUAUUGUAGAGGAGCAGCAUCGUGUCAGCCUUAUCAAACCCCUUCACAUAUGGAUCAGUAGUGCUCUCAGCCCAGCCUGCCACUUCCUGAUCCCCAAUCUGCUCUCUACUGAGGUGUUCCCCCACAUUUCUGCCAUCAGCCUCCACCUACUGGACCUGGAGGGAAAUGAGGAGGGACUGCAGUGGCUGAGGAUGGAGACAGAGGACCUGGCGCUCCGUCUGCUUCAUCAAGUGACCAUUCACACAGAUCUGGAACAGACCUUCCAGGAAGCAGAUGUCAUUGUAUUGCUGGAUGAGUGGUGGUCUGAUGUCUAUUGUGAUACAGAGAAUGAGAAUGAGGAGGAAAAGAAGAAGAGAAAGAUAAAAGGGAUCUCAGACAGGUACAGAGAGUAUGGACAACUGAUUGACACAAAGGCCAACAAGGAGGUGAAGGUGAUUGUGUCUGGUGACUCUUUUAUCAACCUGAGAUGCUCACUUCUGUUGGACAAUGCACGCUCCAUUGACAGCCGACAGUUUGUCACCACAACAACUCAGCUGGAGAAUGAAGCCAGGGCCAUCAUUGCAAAGAAGCUUCAAGUGAGAACUUCAGAUGUUAGAAAUGUCAUUGUGUGGGGAAACAUCAGUGGUAGUUUCUACAUCGACCUGCAGAGGGCAAAGGUUUUCAACUAUGGUGGGGCAAUCAAAGGACCAGCUUUCUUUUCCCAACCAGUCCAAACAAUUCUCCAUGAUAGGAAAUGGUUGCAACAAGACUUUGAAGACUUGGUAUGUUCUCAGCGUGCGGCUGUAGUUUCAAAGACCUGCCGAGCAGCUGCCAUGUCAGCAGCCAAUGGGAUCCUCACUGUCCUAAAGGCUUGGAAUGGCAUUUGUAGUCCAGAUGAGGUCUUCUCUAUGGGUGCACUUUGCCCAGGCUACUACAAUCUCCCAGAAGGUGUUGUCCUCUCAGUUCCAGUAACCUUCAGAGAUGGUAAAUGGUCUGUGCUGUCUGAUGUGCUUGUUGGAGACGAGCUGAAGGAGAGACUUCAGCUUUCUGCAAAUGAACUCAGGCAGGAAAAAGAACUUGCGUCAGAAAAUUGCCUGAUUGUUAUGAAUAAAGAAGACAGUUGAUAGACAUUUUUUUAAAAUCACUUGCCUAUUGACAACACAUAGUAAAAUCAUAGUCUAGAAGUUGAUUAAAAUGAUGAAAGUAAAUAAUCCAGAUACAUUUCAGUGCCACAUCUUAAGUUUGUUUCAGUUUGUUCUUUUAUUCUCUUACUUUCACAUGUGGAGUUGCAGUUUUUAUUUGACCAGUUUAAUGACAAUAAAUCUUUUCUGCUUUACGAAACUCA